GGCAGGAUCCUGAGCGCUAGCUGCAGCUCUUACUCCUUGUGCACCCCUGAGCCACUUGCAUCCCUGCUCUGUGCCUCAGUUUCCCCCACACCUGCUUGUGGGAAGUGCACCCUGCCAUUGUCACACAGCCCAGCUGGUGGGUAACGGCCCCGCUGCCCAGCUCUCACACAGGGGGAGCCCCCGGCGCCAACCCACAGCUGGGCCCUCCACCUCACUGGGGGGAGGGCACGUAGGGUGCAGUGGGUGACACACAGCAUAGCUCCAGGCCACCACGUCUGUUUCCCCUCUGGGGUCCAGCAUGGGCCCCUGUGGCUGGACUCCAGCUCCCCAGCCAGUGCCGUGCGCGGGCAGGGGCCUGCAUCUCACUCCUCUGAGCCGGGGGGCGUCCAAGCCAUCCUGUGCAUGAGCCCCAGCAAAGCUGGUCGAAGCAGCCCCACCUGCGCUCUCUUUGAGCCGUGCCACGUGCUUAUGUGCCCCCUUAGUACAGCUUGAGGGUCCCAGGAGCAGGCACUGGGGUUUCCUGCCCAGGGCAUGUGGCCUUUCCCCUGGGAAUUUCUGCUCGGAUGGGAGGGAGUUGCUGGAAGGGGCAAGCUGGGUGGCCGCGUGCCAAAGGGCGUGGGGACGGACUGCUUCGCCUGCAACCUUUGAGCCCACAGCUCCGCUGGAUGCUUGAGAGCCUGGCACAUUUAUUACCAUUGGCCAGGCAGCGCCCAGAGCCGCUCCCUGCACUGGAGGUCCAGGCUGGGCUCAGCAGCUCCAUGGGACAGAGGGGAAGGGAAUCGGCGCAGCAGCUUUCCUGGUGGCUCGGUAGUGCCCUCCCGCUCGCUAGGUAAGGAGGGUCCCUUCAACUGCCCCAUCGUGCUGGGGAACGGCGCUCAAUCGCCAGCUUGUCCUUCCGUCCCCUCCUCCCUCCCUUCCCAUAAUCAGUGGCACAAGAGCCUUCUCCUUUGCAAUCCCCUGCCAAAGGCAACAGAUGCCUGGUUUCUCCCUCUUGCCCCAGCCACGCUCCCCCUACCCGGGCCCUUCGCUAGCUCAGCCCCCUCCCUGCAGCAUCCCAAGGGCUCUGCUCGUGUGAGAGAUGUGCUAGGAAAGACUCAGGCCACCCACCUCAAUUCUCGGACAGAAGAAGGGGGUGGUCAGGAGGGAUUAAAGGAAAAAAACUUUGGGGAGGGGGAAUGUCUGAGAGGGGGGAGCGACCCCCUGUGCAAAAAGCCUGGGGUGACAGCCUUAGUCCACAGCUGCGAUAGGACCCUUCGGAGCAUGACCCUGUUUCAGGGAGACUCUAACAGAGGUUUCCCUGACACCCCAGGCCAGCCUCAGGCACCCCAAUGUCCAAAUGCUGCUGGAUGGAAGAAGAGGGGUCUCUCUUCAAGGGGCUGCCCCCGCUGCCACCGCUGCUCUGCACCCCACACACACACGGCCCUCUGGCAGCAAGGGAGCGCCAGGAGGCGCUGGAAGCGCUUGGGACAAGCAGCCAAAGGGACACUGCUCCAGGCUCCGGCUUCCAGGCCAGGAUCUCUUGGGUGCGGAAGGAGCUGCUCAGCCUGCAGGUGACCGACCUGGUGCUUCUCUGGCAACUGGACUCCAUUGCGCAGGAGAUCCAGGACCUGUGGGACCUGCAGCUGGACAUGGAAGAGUUUUUUGCAGAACGGGAGCUGCUGGGACCAGCUACCUCCUCCCACUGAUUUCUCUGCCCCUUGAAGCUGAGUGGUGGGAUGCAGGGGGCCUUAUAAACCAAGCGGGUGAAAGAGCUGAUUGGCUAGAUGAACUGUCAAUAGCCUAGACUCAGGGGAGGGACUUCCCUUCUCCGCAAAGGGUUCUGGGUAGGGAAGCCCUUUAUAUAACCCCUGCUGGGCCUGCCUGGGGAGUGGGCAUUACUGGGCUGGACAGGACUGUAGGAUGGAAGGUCCUGGGCCUGUUAUGCGCUAUCCGGGGACUUUGGACGGGGCAAUGGACGGAUGGGAUGAGACAGAGAAGGAGCCUGUUGUGUUCUUUGGUUUGGGGUUUUGAUCCUUCCCCCCCUGCUGCCACUUUAAAAUAAAAUGUGUUGGACCUUUUCCUUUCUUCUUGCCGCAACUCCUCUGAACUGGGCCCCGCAGAUUUUUGGAGGCUCUGGCGCCUGCAUCCUGCCCCCCCAGUCCCGCCCCGGGAACUGAGUGAACAAGAGAGAAUCGAACCUGCUACUUCCCGUGUGGCAUUUCUGCCGUUGCCUUUCUCACGAGUCACGUGCAGCAAAGAGAAAUCAAUGGCGGUCACAGGGCAUUGUUCUGCCAUGUAAAAGGGGCAGAGGAGAGAGAUUUUUUUUUUGGUGGGGUGGGGCAUGCUGUCUCUCCCUGUGGGGGCGGCCACAGCCCCUUCCUCCUGGGGGGAGACCCAAUUCUGGAAUGAGCUCUGCCCUCCUGUUGCAGGAGGAGAGCCCCCGGUCCCCAGCUCCACCGUUGCGCCCAGAGAGAU